AUGUAUUUUAGUGCAAUGAAUGGUCGGCUUCUCUAGGACAUAUGAUAGGCCUAGGUUACUUACGACGUGUCACAAAUUUACUGGAAAAUAACAUCUGCUAGUCUUUAAUAAACUGAUACAACAAAUCAUGAACAAUUAAUAAAUUCCAACAACAUCAAACCAGAAGAUGGCAAUGCAAUUUGAAAAAAUUAUCACAAAAUAUCUGUGUUCAAAAUCUUUUGGAAGCAUUAGAAACAUUUUUGGACCUUCAAAAGCAUGGAACACGUAUCAAGCUCCAAAGUCAACAACAACACUAGCCAAUUAUGAUCUUCCAAAAUCUCUGCCCUUACCACCGUAUGUCACAUGUGGGGAGUUUAGGGCACCAACAUCAGCAGAAAUUAAAACAAAUGAACAGAUCAAUCAGAUGCGCCCAGCUUGUAAACUUGCAGCAUCAAUCCUCCAAUUCGUUGGAGAAAAUAUUAAGGUUGGCAUGACUACAAAUGAUAUUGAUGCCUUAGUGUAUACAAAGUGCAUUGAAGCAGGCGCUUAUCCAUCUCCACUUAACUAUAAGGGUUUCCCAAAAUGUGUAUGUACAUCAGUCAAUGAAGUAGCCUGUCAUGGUAUUCCUGGAAACCUGGUCCUUAAAGAUGGUGACAUUAUCAAUGUAGACAUAACAGUAUUUUACAAUGGCUAUCACGGAGACACUUCCCAUACUUUUAUGGUGGGAGAUGUGGAUAAAAGAGGUAAAGCUCUUGUUAAGGCUGCUGAGAAAUGCAGAGAUGCUGGCAUAGGUGUAUGCCACAAUGGAGCAUUAAUCUCUGAUAUUGGCGAUAUCAUAUAUUCUACUGCAGUGGAUGCUGGGUUUGAAGUCUUACCUUACUUUUGUGGCCACGGCAUUGGGCAUUAUUUUCAUGGGCCACCGGAUAUUGUGCAUGUUCCAAGUGAUUUUGUUGGUGACCAAAAAAUGUUGACAGGCAUGACAUUUACAAUAGAGCCAAUUGUGUGUGACGGUACACCAGAAAUUAAAAUAUUAGAGGAUGGUUGGACGGUUGUUACUGUUGAUGGCAGUCGAUCAGCACAAUUUGAACACACCAUCUUAAUCACUGAUAAUGGGUGUGAAAUUUUAACCUGAUUUUGUAUCUUCUAUUGUUUUUGUUUUUGAAAUUUGUUAGCUGAGUCCAAAGAAUGUCCUUCAAUGCAAUUUAAAAAGGUAUUAAACCAUAUAUUUUAU